AUGAAGCCGAUGACAUCGGCGGACGCCGAAAUCCCCCGACCGUUUCAGAUCGAGGCCGGCGUUCACGACCCCAUGGAGCAUCGGCACAAAAUCCGUCCCGUCCAGCUGUUCGUCCCCUCCAACUCCAAUCCUAAUGCGCUGCGCAUGAACAAGAACGCGCUGAAUGCGGUCCUCAAUCACUCGUCGGUGGCGAAUCGAAAGGUACAAUGUUAUCAGUCUGUCGGGAAAAUAAUGUGGAUUUGUCGCAGAAAAAUGCCUAGUCGUAAUCUGGCACCAAAUCUCCAGCCGCGGCUGCAGUGACGGACCUGAUCCAGUAGCAAGAAACGUACCAUUUUGCAACCGGGAAGUACCAAAAAAUGUUGCAAAAUGCCUCCCUCUCCAACUAAAAAAACUCCGUUUUGAAAGGCCCUUAAAAAAAGAGCGGGCGUGCUUUUGAAAUCGGAGUUUUUCCAGUUGGGGAGGGGGGUAUUUUGCUACAUUUUUCGAUACUUCCCGGAUGCAAAAUGGUACGGUUUUUGCCACUGGAUCAGGUCCGUCACUGUUGCCAUCGCAAAGCUAUACUAGGCGAUUCCAUGGAGCGGCGAAUCCACAUUAUUUUCCCGACAGACUGAUACUCAAAGUAAUGCCAAAAGACACCUGAAUUUUAAUUCCUCGAGGUUGUAACUCUAUAAAUCAUACCGAAUACAUUGUUUUUCAGGUGGUGGUGAUCAGCGUUGCGGGCACAUUCCGUAAAGGAAAAAGUUUCUUGUUGAACUUUUUCCUUGAGUACCUCUACAUCCUACAAUAUUCGCAGAAGGAAUUGCACAGCAACCUGGAGAUGGAAUGGUUGCAUGAUGAGACCGUUCUGGACGGAUUUCACUGGCGCUCCGGUGCGAAGCGCGACACCGUAGGCAUCUGGCUGUGGGGAGAGCCGAUUCUGGUCGAUGGGCCGAAUGGAGAGCGCUACGCCGUUUUGUUGGUGAGCAUCGUUUUGCGCCGGUUUUAAGGCAGUAUUUUGAUGAGUUUGACUAUUCGGUUCUUCUCAAACCCGAGAUUUUCAACGGUUUUUGCGGCCGAGAGCACGCGAAAGCGGAGAGCGGUCAAAGAAAAUCGCUUUUUGGUCGCAAAAUUUUUUAGUUUCACGCGGAAAAAAAACAGAUUUUUUGUGGAAAAAUGACUUUUUAAUAUAGAAACGUCAUCAAAAUUUUCAUGUUGUUAAAAUUUGUAGAAAAAGUUAUUUUUUCGUCAACUUUCGACCUAAAAGUCUCGAUCGUUUCUGUAAAGCGCGAACUAGGAGUCUUGCAUAUGCCAAAAAAUAUGUUCAAAAAAACUGUCAUCCUUUUGCUAUCGUUUGGUCAAAAAAUGUUUACUAUAUUGCGUCUGCAGAUCUAUUGUAAAGCCAAAAAUUCUGGGCAUCUUUUAGCAAUCCCCUCUUUUAAUUUGAGCAUGUUUUCGGCCAAAGCUCAACGUUUCAAAACUUACGCGUCACCCUUAAAAUUGAUCAACUUCAGAUGGACACUCAAGGAACAUUCGAUCAGACCUCAUCCGGCUAUCCAGCCAGCACGGCCGUCUUCACACUCAGCACGAUGCUCAGCAGCUGCCAAUGCUUCAAUCUGCACGAAAUGAUCACCGAAGAGGCGUUGGAGUUGUUCAAAUUUUUCACCGAUUACGGCAAAUUGGCGUUCGACGAGGCCAUGGAGUUCGGGACCCCAUUUCAGAAUCUUCACUUUUUGAUUCGCGACUUCCGCACCAACGAAUCCUAUCCGUUCGGGGUGAGGGGCGGGGAAAAGUACCUCGACGACUUCCUGAAACCCUCGGAAGAGAUGGGCAAAGAGAGCCGAGAGAUGCGGGAGAUUCUGGUCGAUUGUUUCGAGGAGAUCAACUGCUUUUUGUUGCCGUACCCCGGACAAAAGGUGGCGGAGAGAGGCUCGUUCCGGGGCCUGGUCAAGGACAUCAAGCCGGCGUUCCGCGAUGAGGUCAAAAACAUGGUCCAAUCCUUGCUCAACCCGAACGCCUUGAAGCCGAAGGUCAUCAAUGGGAAGGAAAUAUCGUGCAGAAGAUUUGCUGAGGUUGUGAAGGUAAGCGAGCUUUGUUUUUGCUCAUCUUGGAUGUAAUUUUUUAAUGAUGUAUAUGCUGAUAAACCGGCCAUUUUGAAGGAAUACGCCAAGAUUUUCGACACUCACGUCUACCCCUCGCCCCGCGACUUCCUCAACGCCAACAUUUACCUCGCUUCCACUGAGGCCAUGGCCGAAGCGAAACAGUUCUACAUCAAGGGGAUGGACAGGGUAGGAACUUUUUUGAAAGUAUAGUAUAACUGGAUGUUUAGGCCACAAAAUCCUCACGGAUGAUACCGGAGAAGAAGCUUCAGGAGAUACAUAUCAAACAAGGAGUGAAAGCGCUCAACAUCUACGACCGUUGCCCGAAAGUCGAGAGUGGAGAUAUUCGCUCACGAAAUCUGGCGAGACUACAAGAUCAAAUCAAUGUGGGUUUGAGUUUUCCUGAAUUUCUAAAUAUUUUGUUUAAUUAUUUAAUGAGUUAUCUCUACAACCUUUCAUUUCAGAAGGAAUUGGAGCGAUACAAACGUCAAAACGAAGAGAAGCGCGUUACGGGCUGCGCAUCGGCGAUGCUGGCUUGCGGCGACUCUCCGCUUCUCGGACUCGGCCUUGGAUCGGCGGCUUCAGGUAAAUAUACGACAACGCAGCGGUCGCUGAAACCAGCACGUAGGAAAAGGGCUUCCGGAGCAGCUGGAUUGCUUCUAAACCUUGCCUACGCGUUGCACAAAAAUAUGGACGAUGAUGACUUAUAAGUGAAUCCGAGCUGCUUUCGACUUAUAAGUGAAAAUGAGCUGCGAUUCGGCACUCCCUGACCAUAAGAUGAUUGCGUGUGAGGAGAAGGGUAAAUUGCGGCGUCAGAGACUAUUUUUUAACGCUUCUCCUAAUUUUUCGAAUACUAAAAUCAGACUUAUCUCCUGCUCCAGCCACAAUUUACCUUCCAAAUGCCUAUUCGGUCCUCCUCGGCCGGUUAUACAGUGACGGACCUGGUCCAGUGGAAAAAAACUUACCAUUUUGCAUCCGGGAAGCAUCAAAAAAUGUGGCAAAAUACCUCCGUCUCUAAGUGAAAAAACAUUUCAAAACCCCGCUCUUUUCGUAAGGGAAAAGGCCCUUCAAAACGGAGUUUUUUAUUUGGAAAGGGAGGCAUUUUGCUACAUUUUUUGAUACUUCCCGGAUGCAAAAUGAGACGUUUUUUUCUACUGGAUCAGGUCCGCCACUGUAUCACCCUGUUGGAAAAAUAAUGAGCACAAUGUCGCUGGGUUGACUUUGAGGUCGCACCAUUAAUUUUCUCGGCAGCGACGAGAUUUUCGAUGCGAUGUUGCGCUCGUUAUUUUCCCGACAGACUGAUGAUCUCACUGAUCUUCGGCUUUCCAGGUGCCGUCGCAGCCACGGUUUUCUCCCUUCAACUGGGCGUUGUAAGCGCCGGCAUCGUUGCCAUCCCCAUCUCACUCACCGCUCUCUGCGGGAUCUGGGUCUGGGUCACGGUGAAGCCGACACUCCGCGUCUGCUUGGGCCUCGAACGCGACAUAUGA